UGUGCGCGCCGCGGGGCUCUCCUUGACGCACGCCGGGCAGGGGGCCCCCAGCCAGCGCCCCUCCGCUGGGUGCGCGCCCAGCAGUUUCUAUAGGAACCGCGACAGCGCCCGGGCCCCUCCUGCGGAGCCCGGGUGCGAGCAUGCUCAGUGGAAGCCGCUAGUUUGGCCCGGGUCUAGGUUUCCAGUAAGUGGCAUGCGGGACUCCGGAGACGUCCCAAUGAGCUGAGCCGAGAGUCUUUGUGUGAACAGGGAGAAGGAGGCGGUGGCCGCCGGGCCCGGAGACCCCGCCCCGGGGGCCCGGCAGGAACAAUGCUAGCCUGCCUAACCCGGGGGAACUUACUGGACGUCCUGCAGGAGGGCUUCAAUGAGCAACAGCUGCAGGCAUAUGUGGCCUGGGUGAACGCACAGCUGAAGAAGAGGCCAACAGUGAAGCCUGUGCAGGACCUGCGACAGGAUCUCCGGGAUGGGGUGAUCCUGGCGUAUCUCAUCGAGAUUGUAGCAGGAGAAAAGCUGAGUGGUGUACAGCUGAGUCCCAGUAACCAACAGGAGAUGAAGAAUAAUGUGGAGAAAGUGUUACAGUUUGUAGCCUCCAAAAAGAUUCGUAUGCACCAGACUUCAGCUAAAGGUCAGUGCUUCAUCCUGUCCAUGGUAGGACCUCUCGAUCUGUUCCGAUCCUCAGAUAUCGUGGAAGGCAACCUGAAGUCUAUCAUGAGGCUGGUCCUGGCCUUGGCAGCUCAUUUCAAACCGGGCUCCAGCAAGACAGUGAGCCAAGGACAGGACGCCAGAGCCCCUCUGCAGAGUCACCAGCCACACUGUGCCACUGCUGUGGCCCAGGGAGCAGCUGCUGCCCUAGCUGAUGUGUGUCACGACAUGUCACGGUCAGGGCGGGAUGUCUUUCGAUACAGACAGAGGAACAGCAGCGUGGAUGAGGAGAUUGAGAAUCCGUGCUGGAGCGUGCGAGCCCUGGUGCAGCAGUAUGAAGGGCAGCAAAGGUCCCCGUCUGAAUCCAGCUGCUCCAGCCUGACUUCCCCCAGUCCUAUCCACAGUGCAAAGAGCGACUCCAUUAUAACCCAGUCGGAGGAGAAGGCAGAUUUCGUGAUUAUUCCCUCUGAAGGAAUAGAGAACAAAACAGAGGAGACAGACUCUCCAUUAUCCCGGGACUGGAGACCAGGCAGCCCCCGGCCCUAUCUGGAGACUUCAUGGGAGGAACAGCUGUUGGAACAACAAGAACAUUUGGAAAAAGAAAUGGAGGAAGCCAAGAAAAUGAUAUCAGGACUACAGGCCUUACUGCUCAAUGGAUCCUUACCCGAAGAUGAACAGGAGAGGCCCUUGGCCCUCUGUGAACCAGGAGUCAAUCCCGAGGAACAAUUGAUUAUAAUCCAAAGUCGUCUGGAUCAGAGUAUGGAGGAGAAUCAGGACCUAAAGAAGGAGCUGCUGAAGAAUAAACAAGAGGCCAGAAACUUACAGGGGAUAAAGGAUGCCUUGCAGCAGAGGCUGACUCAGCAGGACACGUCUGUCCUUCAGCUCAAACAAGAACUACUGAGGGCAAAUAUGGACAAAGAUGAGCUGCACAACCAGAACGUGGAUCUGCAGAGGAAGCUAGACGAGAGGAAUCGACUCUUGGGAGAAUAUAAAAAAGAACUGGGACAGAAGGACCGCCUCCUGAAGCAGUACCAGGCCAAGUUGGAGGAAGCACUUCGGAAGCUCUCUGAAGCCAGUUACCAGCAGGUGGAUCUGGAGCGGGAACUGGAACACAAAGACGUCCUGUUGGCUCACUGUAUGAAAAGAGAGGCAGAGGAGGUGACCCACUGCAGCAGUCACAACCCUCAAAGCAAUGGUUUUCUCCUUCCAGUGGCAGGAAAAGGAGCUGCUUCAGUCAUUCACAGAGGGAGCAGUGACCUGCAGCUCGUUCGGGAUGCCCUCCGCAGCCUGCGCAACAGCUUCAGUGGCCACCACCCUCAGCACCACACCAUCGACAGCUUGGAGCAGGGCAUCUCCAGCCUCAUGGAGCGCCUGCACGCCGUGGAGACCCAGAGGAAACAGGACAGAAGGGUUCGGGGCAAGUCACCCAGAACUCAAGCAGGUAGUGAAUACCGGGAGUCCUGGCCCCCUAAUUCAAAGUUGCCUCACUCACAGAGCUCUCCAGCUGUCAGCAGCACCUGCACGAAGGUGCUCUAUUUCACUGACCGAUCACUUACGCCCUUCAUGGUCAAUAUACCAAAGAGGUUGGGGGAGGUGACACUGAAGGAUUUUAAAGCAGCUAUUGACCGGGAGGGAAAUCAUCGGUAUCACUUCAAAGCACUGGAUCCUGAGUUUGGCACUGUCAAGGAGGAGGUUUUCCACGAUGAUGAUGCCAUCCCUGGAUGGGAAGGGAAAAUUGUAGCCUGGGUGGAAGAAGACCAUGGAGAGAAUUAAUGCUGAGUAUUAGAUUGAGGGCUUGUGGAACUUGGCAGUCCCUGGCUGCUUCACUCAGGAGAGAGGACGAAAACCAGAAUACACUAAGAAGUUUUUAGUUUGUGCUGCCAAAACAGAAGCUUCUCCAAGUGUGACAGCCAUAGGCCAGUCCUGUUUCUGUGCCUGGCACGUGUGGUACUUAAAGUCCCUGUCCAAAAGUAGACCAUGGGUUCUUGUGGAGUUCCUUGUCCGUGGGAACACAGUGUUUUAUUCUACUCUGAGGACAACAAACCGAAGGCCUUAACCAAUGGGGAUGGAUGAUCCCACUCCUAUAUGGGCAUGGCUGCUAUUAUCUGGAACCUGGGAACUGGAUGUAUCACUCCUGUGUGUUACAGUUUUAUUUUAAUUGGCCUCAGUGGUUGCAGCAAUCAGAGUACCAGCAUUUGUACUCACAGACAAGGUGAAGGUACCAGCUAUUUUGCUUCUUUGCAGCUAGUGCAAACCAAGAAUAACUCUUAAGGUGGUACCAAAGAUGAAAGCCCACUCUUCAGGAAUUUUUUGGACUGGACAUGGAUGGUGCUGAAUUGUUGAAUGGAUUGAAAAAGGGCUGCCCAUAUUGUGCUAUAUACUACGCUAAAACCAUAGUUAAGUAAGACCUUGGGCUGCCUCUUGUGUCUUAACUGGUUUUGCAACUUGUUCUUUAGCCCACAGAGGGCAUAUUUCAUGUACUGCUCAUCAUUUUCUCUGGGGACUCUUUAACGUUAGAGCCAUUUUUUCCCCUUCCAACUGAUGAACUUUGUGUUUGAAAGGAAUAAGGAGUGAAAGUCUCCUUUCAAAUCCAGGCGGGUAUGGAAAGGUGCUGCUACCCAUGUCUUCUUGACUUUCUUUCUCUCGUGACUUUCUUUAGCUCAUGGCAUCUCCUUUGCAGUCAAAAGGAAACAGACCAUUAGUUUCAGUAUUUGUGAUUUAUAAGUACUGAGCAUGAGUUACUGGUCUACCCAUCUUCAUUUCAAGGCCAGAGUUAUUUUCUAUUAUAUAUUUAGUCUAGGCUGAUCCGUUGGCCACAAAAGAAACCAUAGGGGCAUGAAGCAUGAGUUGUGAAUGGCAGGGUUGAUUCUGGGUGAUAACACCUAGAAUCCUUUCUCAUGUGCAACACUGUCAAGUGUAGAAGCUAAAAGA